AUGGAAGAAACCAAAGAAGUCAUAAUAACUAUUAAACAAGAAGUGUUAGAUGAUUAUGAAGAAGAAACACCUGGAGAAGAAGUGGAUUUUCAGGAAGACAUCCUCUAUGAUGAUUCUUGUGUAGCUGAUGAAGAAAAUUCAACAGGUCACCAUAUUAGACCAGAAGGGAUUAAAAUCAAAGAAGAAAUUAUUGAUGAUGAUGAAAUCAAUAGUUCUGAGACUUCUGUCAAAAGCUGUCAUGUUUGGAUAGUAGAAAAUCCCCAUCAUCAAGAAUUGGUGGCUGACGAAGACGAGAAAAAAAAUGACUCUGACCUAAAAUUAGAUCCAAAAGACCCUGUAACAUCUGAAAAUGUUACUGUAGAAAAAAAGAAACCGCCUAGGAAAAAAAAAAAAGCUGAGAAGAAUCAUCCUUGCCCUCAUUGCGAGUAUAGAGCUCCACACCCUGGACAGCUAAGGGCGCAUAUCAUGUUCAGGCACACUAAUGAGAAGCCUCGACAAUGCCCAUUCUGUGACUACAGAACCGUUAUGGGGGGCCAGCUCAAAUCGCAUAUCAUGGCCAAGCACACAAAUGAAAAACCACAUCAUUGCAAAUUAUGUGAUUAUAGGGCCACACAAUCUAGUCAACUCAAAUCACACAUGAUGUUUAAACAUACAAAUGAGAAGCCCAAACAAUGCCCUCAUUGUGAAUAUAGAACAGUAAUGACUGGACAACUUAAAGCACACAUAAUGGCCAAGCAUACAAAUGAAAAACCUCAUAAAUGUCCUCAUUGUGAUUACAGAGCAACUCAAGGUGGUGACAUCAAUAAACAUAUAAGAUCAAAGCAUAGUUCCGAAAAACCAUUCCAAUGCCCGUUCUGUGACCAUAAAGCAUCACUUUCAGGUUCUCUUCGUAAACACAUAAUGGCUAAGCACACAAAUGAGAAACCUUAUCAGUGCACCUAUUGUGAAUAUCGAGCUACUCAAUCUGGUCAGCUAAGAGGUCACGUUAUGUUCAAACAUACCAACGAGAAGCCUCAUCAAUGUUCUCAUUGUGGCUACAAGGCCACUCGUGCUGAUAGUCUCAAGAGUCAUUUAGUGAGGAAGCAUCCUGAGUUGAACUCUGUGGGUGAAUCUGAAGUUACGUGUGAUGCAUAAUUAUUUAUGUAUUAUUCGUAACUUAAGGAGUUUUUAUUUUCAUUUUUUUUUUCUCCUUCAGAAAUUAAAGAUGAUAUUUACUAUCUCGUCCUAGUCGUCACUUGUUCAUUGUACAUGAUUAUAAUUGAACCCAUUGUGCAUUCCUGGCGAUAUUGUUGGUGAAGAAAGGUUAUACACUUGAACACAGGGUUUAUUUUUCACUGUUGAAAAUAAAAAUAACAAUCAUAUAUAUUGUGUAAACAGCAUAAAUAUUUUUCCAUUGAAGGAAAGAAUUAAUGGAAGAAAAUUAUAAAUUUUACCAUACUAAAAAAGACAUUUUGG